UUUUUUGAACCGUCGAUUGAGAUGUCAGGCCAUUUCUGCCUAAUCCCCAAUCUGAAAAAUUAGGGUUUUUGAAAUUAGGUCUUUAAUUUUUUAGGGUUUUACAUUUCCUUCCUCUCUCGGUGCAAUUCGAUCGAUGGGUCGGUCCCGGGCAGUUGCGCAAUCCGCUGCCGGCGAUUCCAAUCAAAGUAGAGGUAAAAGAAAGAGAACAGCUUCAGGUGCAGAACUAGCUGAGAAUGGUAGUACAGCUCAGAAAGGUUUAGCCCAGGAGCUUAGCGAACCCAAAGGGGCUUUUUACCAUUGUAAUUAUUGCCAGAAAGAUAUAUCUGGGAAGAUACGUAUAAAAUGUGGGGUGUGUCCAGAUUUUGAUCUUUGCAUUGAGUGCUUCUCUGUUGGAGUUGAGGUUACACCUCACAAAUGUAAUCAUCCAUAUAGGGUUAUGGGACUAAUGUUUUGUUUUACAUCAGAUGGUGCAUCUGGAGCUGGAAAGAAGGCCUCCAAUAAACUUCAGAUUAAGGAUGAACCUAAAGUCACUAAAGUGGAAGAAUCUCAGCGGAGCAUUGGAGAGAAAAAACUAAGGAGUUUAGUGGAGGAGGGACCUUCUGUGACAGAAUUGAGUGGCUAUAAUUACAAGAGGCAAGAGUUUGAAAUUGAAUACGAUAAUGAUGCUGAGCAGAUACUAGCAGAUAUGGAAUUUCUCGAUACUGACACUGAUCGUGACCGUGAAUUAAAACUACGAGUUCUGCAUGUCUACGGAAAAAGGCUUGAUGAGAGGAAACGCAGGAAGGAUUUCAUACUAGAAAGAAAUCUGCUUCAUCCUGAUCCAUUGGAAAAGAACCUCUCACCGGAAGUGAGAGAAAUAUACCAGCGCUUCAAGGUCUUCAUGCGGUUCCACUCAAAUGAAGACCACAAGGAGUUGCUUAAGAGUAUCAUUGAGGAACAACAAAUUGUCAAAAGAAUUCUAGAUCUUCAGGAGGCUCGAGCUGCAGGUUGUAGAACAGCCGCCGAGGCAAGUAAAUAUCUUGAGCAGAAAAGAAAGAAUGAGAGUGAAGAAAGUUUGCAAAAGAUUAAGGAAAACUCUCAGGCUGGUGCAAGUGGUAAAGUCUUGCAGCAGAUCAGUCCUCGGGGAGCCGUUAGGGGAUCAGCACUUCUGCAUCCUGGCAUCAAGGACUUACCAUUAACUACGCAACCUAUUCCAAACCCCUUGGAUGAUUGGGAUAUCAGCGGACUAGCGGGAGCUAACUUACUCUCUGAAACCGACAAAAGGCUUUGCUGCGAGUUAAGAAUCCUACCAUCCCAUUAUCUACACAUGCUCCAAACCAUCUCGACAGAGAUUUCAAGCGGGAAUGUGAAGAAGAAAUCCGACGCCCACAGCCUCUUCAAGGUUGAGCCAAGCAAAGUCGAUAGAGUUUACGAUAUGGUAAUUCGAAAGGGACUAACCCUAGCAUAGUUAUAUUUCCACCUUGUAAGACAACUCUGUAUAGAGCAUUAUAUCUCAAUUGAAGAGAAGCCCCAUUUUGUCCAUGAA